CAUAAGAGCAUCCGACCCUCGUCGCGUCACGUGACUGCAUCCGAGGCGUCCGCGGCUCGCGUCACGUGACUGGCGUCGACGGCAGACUCCUCUGACAGGAUCUCGUCUAUGGUUUUCUCAAGCCCAGGUGUGCAGUCUUUCUGAACAGCCAGGUCAUGUCAUUAAAGAUGGAAAUGGAUGCCAGUGGAGUGUCCAGGGCGCCCAUAUCCGUUCUGCCUGCUGCUGAGGUCAAAGCCACCCUGAAGCCAGAAGCCGAUAAACCCCGGUGCUCCAGCACUCCCUGCUCCCCCAUUAAAAGUACUGUCUCAGGAUACCAGAUCCUCCACAUGAACUCCAACUAUCUCGUGGGCUUCACCACCGGUGAGGAGCUUCUCAAAUUAGCCCAGAAAUGGUCCAGCCCUGACAACAGCAACACAGAGGCCUUGCCCAGCCCUAUCAAAAAGCCUGUGGAUUUAAGCCUGCACCGAGCCUCGCGGAUUUACAAAGCCAAAAGCCGUUACUACCAACCGUACGACAUCCCAGCCAUCAACGGACGCCGGAGGAGGCGCAUGCCCAGCUCCGGUGACGGCUGCUUGAAGUCGAUGGUGAGCGGGGAGCCCAGCAAGGCCUUACACGGGCCCCUGCCCCUCUGCCUGUUGAAGGGCAAACGAGUGUACUCCAAAUCCCUGGACUACCUCAACCUGGACAAGAUGAGCCUCAGGGAGCCGGCGGACACUGAAGUGCUGCAGUACCAGCUACAGCAUCUCAAUCUGAGGGGCGAGCGCAUGUUCACCCGCAACAAGACAUGAGUUCUCAGAAAUGUCCACCUGCCCACAGUCGUCUGUCUGUGAUGUAGGGCCUCGGUUUUUACCACUCCGAUUAUAGGCAGUUCGCUACUAAUACAGGGUGACCGUACGUGCCAUUUUUCCUGGACGGUCCUGGCCCAGAUUUUUUUUAUUGGCAUUGUUCGUACUUGCUGAAGGUAAUGAUCAAAAAGUAGUUUGACCAAUACCACGGAAGCAUUGCAUGUACUGGACCAAUCGUGACGUGCGCAAAAAGAUGAAAUCUACAGAGAACAAUCAAAGUGAUGCAAAUACGCCGAUAUUACGUGAGUUUGACUUAAAGGGAUUGCUGCUCAGACCGAUCAGUUUUGACAAUAAAGUACCUCUAGUGGUUCGAAAGCAUUUAUGGUCGUUUAAUGUCUUGUACUAAUUGGUCUGCACAUGCAAACAAAGCCAAAACCUAAAUAUUGUAGGCAAUAUAGAAAUCCUACCCUGGACGUAUUCAAGAAAAAUGGCACAUAUGGUCACCAUAGCUAAAGCCCAAAGUAUACUUCACCAGAAUAGUACCCCCCGUACUGUAUGCCAACCGCCAUAUUUUUCUUUGCAGGUGCAAGUCGUGCAUACGCACUGAUUAAGUUUUGCACUAAUCAGUUGUUCCACAAGGAAAGAUGGCGCACUAUCAAAUGGAGUACACUUUGAAAAAGCUGCGCCUCACGCUGUACAUGCACACAUACAAAAGUAAAGUACACUUUGGGCUUUAGGCAUCCAUAGACCACUGAUCUCAAGGUGUGACAAAGCGCCAUGAGGUCCAGUUAGAGGAAACUUAAGUAGUAGUUUGUUCAAAAAGACAAAUUCUGUCAUUCGUCACUCACCCUCGUGUUUGUUCCUGACUUUUUGAAUUUUGGAGAAACGUUUCGCAGCUCUUGAUUUACUAAACAGGGCGAAUUACCGCUAGAUGGUUGUCAUCCCGUAAAAGCACAGACGGGAGCGGAAGUUUCUGUGGUUGAUCUGCUGACAAAGCGCACGUUAAAAAACACAGCCACGACUAAUUUUCACAAUGAGCAAUGCAGUCCGUCAAGAGCAGCUCAGAGGAGCAAACCUUACAGCCACGCCAAGGGCAAAUGGCUCAAGACGUGCUCUCUUGUGAAUCGACAACUGCAGUCUGUUUAUUAAAAUACUUAUAAAUAUUGCGUCCGAAAGGGGAAACUCCUACGAAUGCAUAUGCGGUAAGGUCAGCCACCAAACUAAUUUAGUCCAUGCCUUUUCUGGGUAUCUUUACUUUAUCCUGCCAUUAGGUGUGCCAAAAGAAGGUUUGCUUUGGCAUAAAUCUGGUCUAAAGCUUGCGGAAGCCAUGGAACUUAGCAGGAACUGGCUAAAAAUUGUUGCGGAUGAUCAUCUAAAAUGUAACUUUAUUUUCAGUCCGUCGAGACUUAAGCAUCUCUUAACUUUGAUCCUGAGAUUAAAAGCAGAUUUAAGAGUAAAAGCACCAGUAAUUGAAUUCACUUUAUGAACUUAUUGGAAACUGACCGUAUGAAAAAGACUGCAUCGAGAAACGUUCAAAAUUCUUCUUUUUCAGUUUGCGAGAACCUGAGGGUGAGUAAAUAAUGACGUGAUUGCUAUACCUUUAUCCACACAACAAGUCAUUGUGAAAGUGUACGUUACAGGGGAUUCGUUCACCGUGAGGUUUUUCAGGAUUAGCAAUAAAUGGCGUGGCUUAAUAGCUGAAUUCCUACUGUUAUUUGUGAGUUGGUGAGCGUGUGCAAAACACUUCAACGGCUGCGCUGCAUUUAAUCUCCUGUUCUCCCCUAACAUCCGAUCACGCGCUUGUGUUAUAACUUUAGUAACUCGUGUCAGGUGAGGAUCUCGACUGUUACGCAAUCCGGAUGAUGUUUGACGCAGACCCCGAUAGGCUUUUUUUUGCGGGAGAGGCUUAUCUCCGAGAACCCGAACUAACGUUAGCGUAGAGAAACCAUUAAUGGCCUUUUCAUUUCUCUAAUCGACGUUUUACAGGAGGCUCGCCGGGUCGUUUUAAAUUUACGUUGAAGCAUUUUCUGGAUGAAAUCUUUACGUUAAUGAAAGGUUGUGGCGUUUGCUUUGUCCAUCCCCCUUCACAGUGCACACAGUUGACAACACUGCUAUAAAAACCAAAGUCCAGGGGAACUUGAUGAAUCAUUUUUGAACAGCAGACAAUCUUUCACGGUUUUACGCGAUAAGCACUAAUGACCGUUUAUGGGAUUUUAUUUGUCUUUAUUUAAUAUGUGACAGCGUUCCAUCAUCAUUGAAGAUAUUUGUUCUAACCCUUUGCCAUCGUGACUCUUUGAGAUCUUCGUAGAUGUUCCUCUUAUAUUUCAUGCUUUUCAAAACUCCUUUUUAUAACUGUUUAGUUGAACCCCUCGUGCAUCUUUUUUUUCCCUUCUAUAUCUUCCUCCCGUAAUUUUGAAAAUGAAUUGUUAGAUUUCACCCUUACUAUAACCGACUUCAUCAUUUUGUUUCUAAUCUAAUCUAAUCUAAUCUUGUCGAACUUCCGUGUUAUUUUAAUGUUCAACCGCCGAUGAUUAGGUGACUGAAACAUUAAAAUACCAUAUAGGCAUAUGCUCUAAAAAGCACCUUAGGUUCAUUCGUUUGACAUAUUUAUUAAUUGUGAAGUGUUGGUGAUGUUUUAUUACAGUAUUUCCAAAGUUUUUAAUAUUGGAUUUUUAAUUUCAUUUCCUAACUACACAGUCUUCACGUUCACGUGGUUAGAAAUUCGUCGGACCACUUUUAAAGGAACAACUAGUAACGUUAUUGAAACGGUGUGAUUUAUUAUUUAUCUUCACAGCGAUGAAUACAACGCUUAAACCCGAAGCGAAUGAGAUCAAGUGUAUUCAGAAAUGAACGAACAGUCCUCAAGCAUCGAGGAAUCGGCUCACUGGUCAGACGACCGUCGGCCAUUUCAUCUAAAGGCACGUUCAGUCAAGUCCAAAUGAGCAAAAAGCAAGCCGGUUUGCUGUCCUGAAUCGAACGAGUUUGGAAUAAAAGCUGUAAGGAGUUGCUACUUCUCGUGUUUGGGCUAUCUAUGCCAUUAACCGAGUUUUAGGGACGGGUUUUGUUUUGUUGUAUUUUUUUUUUACAUCGUCGUGAAAUAGCUAAAUUCUGGCCGUGAGAUAUACCGCGAUAUUUCAGAGCUAAUAAGGGUAAAACGUAAAAGCUUGAAGACCUGUCGCGCGCUGAAACCGUUGUAUACUCUAUUCAUCAUGAUGAUAGUCGUCGUUUAAAAACUCCUGCCUAGAAGGAUACGACCUCAUUUUAAUCUCUUAAUGAAUAAAAAUGCGUUAGAAACCAGUACUGGCUGCAGUGCCUUCGGUAAGACGUACAUUCAGAAGGCAUGUCUUAGUUCAUUUUAGAAUACUUGAAUGCACAUGUAAUAUUGUUCGGUUAUCCUCCGUUCUCGGCAUUUUUAAUGCUUCUUUUACCCACUGCAGUGUCAAAGUUUAACUUUUGUUUUUGUCGGAGUUUGAGUUUCAUUUGAUAUUAAUAAAACACUGUUCUUUGCAUUGUGUAUUUCUUGCGUCGUGUUGCCAGGAAAUGAGUGGCGAGUGAGUGAGUGAAUGAAUGAAUGUUGCGUAUCUUAAAUGCGAUCUAAAGUCGCUUUGGAGAAACAGUGUUGUGUUAAUGCAGUAAGCAUCUGAAACACGGGCUUUUCUGCGUUCUUGUUAAAACCGUGCGCGAAUGCCCUCCAAUAUGCGUUCAUUAAAGAAUUGGCUAAGUGUGUUUUCGGAAAGGCCACAAGAGGGCCUCAGCAAGGCAGGGGGGCAAAAGUGUCAAUUUAUCUAAAGGUAAAAUGUCAAAACAAUUACUUUAAUUAUCUGAAAGUAUGCGGUCUGCUGCUGGGCUAAAGGACAAUAACUGACCUGAUAAUGAAUAAUGAUAAUUCUCCAUUUGUUGACAUAACAUGGUUAGAUGCAGAUGCUUAAAACCAUGUCUUAACUCGGGUCACAAGUGUAUUUAUUAAAUAUAUAUAUAUAUAUAUAUAUAUAUAUAUGUGUAUAUGUGUGUGUGUGUGUGUGUGUGUGUGUGUGUGUGUGUGCAUUUUAAACAAGUGUUAUCUUUGAUAUUAUUAAAAACAUUUUACUUUAGCUGAAGUAUUUUUAUCAGUGCCUUUUGUCACUGGCAAAACAUGUUUCUUGAUCACCACAUCAUCUAUUUAUUUGUAAAAAGAAAAAAAACCCUCUAAUGAUUUUCCAUCCACAAAAUGUAUAGCUCCAUUAAUGUUAAAAUGUUUAUUCUGCAAUCCUUCGUUAUGGUAUUAUUAAACAGGAUGGUUUCCAUUUGG